AAAUUUUAAUUUAAUACAAAAAUUUCAAUAUCGAAGUGAAAAAAUUAAACUGAAGAGGAAAAUUUACCCUAGAGUUGUAUAAAUAUACAGAAAGCAAAGCAAAGUCGGCCGCAAGUGGUGACAAAAGCGGCGUCGGAUAUAUAGAUUGCUACAAAAAAAGUCCAAGAAGAGCGCUUAUAAAUAGAAAAUCAGAGGUCUAAGGCGGCAUUUAGUGCUUUAAGGCAGCAACAUUUUGUUGAAAAGUCGGGAGACUAAGUGAAAAGCGUAGAAAGACCGUGCAGUGAAAUAGUAAAGCUUUUAAGCACUAAAAAUAGCGCUCCAUAACAGCGGUUGCAGAGGAGUCCAGUGACGAAAGUCGUUAAAACCAAGCUUUAAGCGAGCUAAGCAAGAAAAAGUGGAUGCUACGCUAAAAAUUUAAAACUAAAUAAGCAGCGAGCCAAGCUUAGUGCGAAAAAGUGGCAAGGCAGAGCAGCAAAAAGCGACCAAAAGUGAAAGCGCACAACUUGUGGCAAAGAAAAAUAGCUUAAAUAAAGCUUUAAAGUGAAUUUUCGUGAGCUAGUAACCUAGUAAAAUCUAGCUGCCGAUUUGUAGGCGCCUGUCAGACUCCAAACCUCCCCCCCAAAAAAAAAAGAGCCAGCAAAAAGCCGCGCUCGGAAACCGUUGUACCACUUGCUACGCAAUAUUGCCGCAUUGCGUGUGGCUGGCAAUUGCUAAGUAGACGCGCUUUUUGCAUAUCCCCGCUGUUGCUGGAAAGUGUAAUGUAAUGAGAUACGACGUUCAAGAGUUGCUUCAUCAGUCUGCUGAGGAUCCAUUCGCCAGGUUUGCAAAUGGGAUGGCAUAUCAUCCAUUUCUGCAACUCUCCCGACCCACUGACUUCAGCGUGUCGUCGCUGUUGACGGCGGGCACACAGGCACAACAGGCUAGUAACGCCGCCGCCGCCGCAGCAGCAGCCGGUGAUUUAGGUGCAGGCGGCGGUAAUACCGUCUUGAGUGCGGCCACCUCACCCGCACAGCCACAACAGCAGCAAGCGCCACCAACUACACCCACUAGUGCGGCAGCACUCUUGCAACAACACCAACAGCAGCAACAGCAAUUGCAUUUGCAACAGCAACAGCACCAUCGACAGCAGUUGCUUUGCGGCGCCGGUCAAGCAUCACCGGUCGGUGGCCAACAGCCGCCACUCUUAUCGCCUGGCAAUAACAAUAAUACUACUAGCGCUGGCAUUGGCAGCAAAUCGGGCAGCAAUAAUAAUAGCAACAAUAGCAACCGCAAUACACCCACCACAACUAAUAGUAAUAACAACAACAACGAUCCUCAAAGUAGCAACAAUAAUUUGUCGUCACAACAGCCACUAGCUCAUCCAGCCGCGUCACAUUUGUCAUCACCACAUUUGUCGCCGCAUCGUCAACCGCCGCCGCAUCCGCACGCACAUCCCGCACAACCGCCACCGCCAGCGCCACAGCAUCCACAUCACUCGCCGGUGCCCGGUCACCACGCUUUGGGGCCACACCUGCCGCAACAGGCCUAUUUUCCUGCGGCCGCAUUAGCUGCGCUCGCUGGCAGUCCGGCUGGUCCACAUCCCGGUCUAUAUCCGGCCGGUCUGCGUUUCCCGCCUCAUCAUCCACACGCCCAUCACCCGUUGGGCACACCUUAUACCACCGCUGAGGACGUGGUGCUCGCAUCAGCUGUGGCGCAUCAAUUGCAUCCGGCGAUGAGACCGUUGCGUGCGUUACAACCCGAAGAUGAUGGUGUCGUUGACGAUCCGAAGGUGACGCUGGAGGGCAAGGACUUGUGGGAGAAGUUCCACAAGCUGGGCACGGAGAUGGUGAUCACCAAAAGUGGACGGUAA